AUGAGAGACAGCAUGGAAUCCGGGGUGCUUGUUAAUGGAGAUCUUCAUUGGUUGGCUGAAAGGCCGCAAGACUCUUCCUAUGUUUUAGUCUCUUUAGAUAUUACCAAAGAGACUUUCAAAGAGUUGGAACUACCAGAAACUUUAGAGAACAACGUUUUGCUUAUUAAUUUGGGACUGUUGAAAGGGUUCCUUUGUUUGCUUGAACAAUCCGAUAGUCGUGUAAAAAUAUGGGUACUGCAGAAUUAUGGAGUUCGAGAAUUUUGGACUCAACGUUAUGUUGUGAAGGAUGAAUAUGGCAUUGUAUACAGGCUUAUAUUGUCUUUUAAGGGUGGUGAUAUUCUAUUUGGAAAUGAGUUUGGUCUACUUCUAUAA